GACCCCGCCUCCUUCCCUGUUCGGCUGUUCCCUCCCCCCAGUCCACGCACGGCCGUUUGCCCGCUACACACACCGCGAGGAGACCCCGCCUUCUUCUCUGCCCCUUCCGCCUCCACCCUCCUGCUGCUUCCGCUCGAAGCUUCCGCCAUGGGCGAGGGAGAGGACGAGGCCUCGAGCUCGGGCGCGGCGGCGGGCGCCCCCAAGGACCCGAGAACGAUCGCGCGCAAGUAUCAGCUGGAUCUUUGCAAGAGGGCAGUCCAGGAGAACAUCAUAGUGUACCUUGGCACGGGAUGUGGGAAGACACACAUUGCCGUGUUACUCAUGUAUGAGCUUGGACACCUCAUCCGCAAACCCAGCCGGGAGGUGUGCGUCUUCCUAGCACCAACCAUUCCCCUUGUCCGCCAGCAAGCAAUAGUGAUCGCGGAUUCCACCAAUUUUAAAGUUCAAUGUUACUAUGGAGGUGGUAAAAACUUAAGAGACCACAAGGCGUGGGAGAAUGAGAUGGCUGAGUAUGAGGUCCUUGUAAUGACUCCUCAAAUAUUUUUGCGUAAUUUGCGGCAUUGUUUCAUCAAGAUGGACUCAGUCGCACUUUUGGUAUUUGAUGAAUGCCAUCAUGCACAAGCACCAAAAAGGCAUCCAUAUGCACAAAUUAUGAAGGAAUUCUACAACAACCUUGAUAAACCUCCUCGUGUUUUUGGCAUGACUGCUUCACCGAUUAUUGGAAAAGGUGGGUCUAACAAGCUUAUCUACACUAAAUGUAUCAACAGUCUUGAGGAAUUACUUAAUGCAAAGGUUUGUUCAGUUGAUAAUGAAGAACUUGAAAGUGUGGUUGCUUCUCCUGAGAUUGAAGUGUACUUUUAUGGCCCCGUUGGUCAGUCUAACUUGACUGCAAGUUACAGCAAAGGGCUUGAUGGCUAUAAGCUCCAGUCUGAAUGCAUGCUAAGAGAGAGCCUAUGCAAUUUCAAGGAGUCUCAGAAGAAACUGAAGUCUUUAAGGAGGUUGCAUGAAAAUGUGAUUUUCUGUUUGCAAGAAAUUGGUCUUUUUGGAGCUCUGCAAGCUGCAAGGGUCUUUCUAUCUUCCAGUGGUGGUAGUCUAGACAGAAAAGGGGUUGACAUUGAUGACAAUCAUGCCAGUUUUGUACAGCAUUAUCUAAACAAAGCAAUUUCUCUUCUAAGUUGCGACGUAUUAGAUGGUGCUGAUGCUGAUUCAGUUGAUCUAGAGACGCUGGAGGAACCUUUCUUCUCAAAAAAAUUUGCAGUCCUUAUUGACGUCCUGUCAAGAUACAGGCUAGAGGAAAACAUGAAGUGUAUUGUUUUUGUGAAAAGAAUAAUUGUCGCAAGAGUAGUUGCACAUAUUCUCCAAAAUCUGAAGUGCCUUGAUUUUUGGAAAUGUGAGUUUCUUGUGGGAUGCCACUCAGGAUUGGAGAACAUGUCAAGGAACAAGAUGGGUUCUAUCAUUGAAAAGUUCUCUUCGGGUGAGGUCAACCUUUUGGUCGCUACUAAUGUAGGUGAGGAGGGACUUGACAUUCAGACUUGCUGCCUUGUUGUGCGGUUUGAUCUCCCAGAAACUGUUUCUAGCUUUAUCCAGUCAAGGGGACGUGCCCGGAUGAAUAAAUCUAAAUACAUUUUCCUCCUGGAGAGGGGAAAUCAGUCUCAUGAGAAGUUGGUUGGUGAUUAUAUUACUGGUGAAAGCAUUAUGGAUAAAGAGAUUAAUUGGAGAUCGUCAAAUGAUAUGUUCGAUUGCCUUGAGGAGAAUAUAUAUCGAGUGAACGACACUGGUGCUUCCAUUAGCACGGCUUACAGUGUGUCUCUAUUACAUUGCUAUUGUGACAACCUUCCUAGAGAUAUGUUUUUUAUUCCUUCCCCAGCAUUCUUCUAUGUUGAUGAUGUUGAAGGAGUAGUAUGCAGACUAAUUCUUCCACCAAAUGCUGCUUUUCGUCAAGUGAACAGUCAACCCUGUCCGUCAAAAGAUGAAGCUAAGAGAGAUGCAUGCUUGAAAGCAUGCAUAAGACUUCACGAACUGGGUGCUUUGACAGAUUUUCUUCUGCCAGGCCAAGGCUCUAGAAAGACUAAGGUGUCAACAAUAGAUAUUUCUGAAAUCAACAAAGCUGAGGAUGAAAGUUUUAGGGAAGAGCUUCAUGAGAUGUUGAUUCCUGCGAUUCUAAGACCUUCAAGAUACAAACUGGACUGCUCGUUGAACUUGCAUUUCUACUACAUAGAGUUUAUUCCCAAACCAGCAGAUAGACAAUAUCAGAUGUUUGGUCUUUUUGUGAUCGAUGCCCUUCCGAAGGAAGCUGAAAAGUUGGACGUUGAAUUGCAUCUUGCUCAUGCCAGGAUUGUGAAAGCAGGAAUUGAAUAUUUGGGAAUGAUUACAUUUAACAAAGAAGAGAUGAUGCUUGCACGCAAUUUCCAAGAAAUGUGUUUGAAGGUUCUCCUGGACAGAUCUGAGUUCACCUCAUCUUAUGUUAUGUUGGGAAAUGAUGCUGCAUUGCAAAUGGAUUCAACAUUUUACUUGUUGCUUCCCAUCAAGCAGAAAUUCUAUGGUGAUAAGUUUAUGAUUGAUUGGCCAGCAGUGAAGCGGUGUUUAUCAUCACCUGUAUUCCAAGAUCCAAGGGGUUUGUCUCUGCAUGACUCAUAUUUGCCAAAUGAGUCUCUGAAGCUUCUUGAUGGAACAUACAGUAAAGCUGAUGUGAUUGGCAGUUUGGUCUUCACUCCCCACACCAAACUGUUUUUCUUCGUUGAUGUCAUUCUAGAUGAAGUAAAUGCUAAAAGUGAAUUCAAUGGUGCAACUUAUGCAGAAUAUUUUAAGGAAGGGUGUCAUAUCGAGCUAUCCCAUCCUGAACAGCCAUUUUUGAAAGCUAAACAACUCUUCAAUCUGCGCAAUCUGCUGCAUAACCGACAACUAGAGAGCACAGAAUCUGAGGGUCAUGAAUUGAUGGAGCACUUUGUGAAGUUACCUCCAGAGCUAUGCUCUUUGAAGAUAACUGGGUUUUCAAAAUAUAUGGGUAGUUCUUUGUCCUUGCUGCCAUCUUUAAUGUGUCGCUUGGAGAAUUUGUUGGUGGCUAUUGAGUUGAAGGAUCUCAUGCUAUCUUAUUUCCCAGAGGCUUCUCAAAUUAGUGCUUCCGGGAUCCUUGAAGCGCUGACUACUGAGAGGUGUUUGGAGAGGAUCUCAUUGGAGCGCUUUGAAGUCCUAGGCGAUGCUUUCUUGAAGUAUGUAGUUGGGCGCCAUAGCUUUAUUUCGUACGAAGGACUUGAUGAAGGCCAGUUGACUAGGAGACGUUCUGAUAUAGUGAAUAAUUCAAAUUUAUACGACUUAUCAAUUAGAAGAAAUUUGCAGGUAUACAUACGGGAUCAACAGUUUGAACCUACUCAGUUCUUUGCACUGGGAAGGCCAUGUAAAGUUGUUUGCAAUCCUGAAACAGAAGCGAGUUUACACCCGAAGAAUAUCGACCCCGAUAAACAAGAAAACUGUAACUUGAGGUGUACAAAGUCACAUCAUUGGUUGCAUAGGAAGACAAUUGCAGAUGUUGUUGAAUCACUUCUUGGAGCAUUUAUUGUCGAGAGUGGAUUCAAAGCUGCAUUUGCAUUUCUA